GGGGGGGUCCGGGGGCAUGCUCACCCGGGGAGAUUUCUUUCCCCGUUUACGGUUCAAUAUUAUUGCACUAUUUUUCAAGACAUUUGAGACGACAGAAUACCUAAAAUCUAUCCAUGUAACUGCUCCUGGUGGCAACGGCAGCUCCGUUAUCCACCGACCGUGCAGGAUCGUCAGCCGCUGCUCGGCGGGACAGACGCAUGCGGCGGCCGGUCCCCGGACGCUGUGACGGGCCCUGCGGUCGCUGUCUUCGACGCUGAACGCGUGAGAGCUCCGGGGAGCAGAAAUGGACUCACCGUGAGCCGCAGAGGCGAUUACACAGAGAUGCUCCUGGAAAACUUCGGGCCCUGCAGGAAGUGGCUUCUACGUGGCAGCGGUGUCAAAUUAUAGAGGAGAAACUUCUUGCCGGAGUUUUGACGCCAGAGGUCGACAACCAUCAGCAACCAAGGAGGGAGAGUCCCAGAGAGGCCCAGCACGGCGGGUCAGCUGGAGCUGGCUCUGGGCCCCGAGUGGCCCACUUCAUUCACAGUGGUACUGUCCCUCUGCAGUUUACGUGUUUUGGCCGCUAGAUGGCAGCCUGCAGAAACCGGAGCAGCAGCAGCGCAGAGGAAGCAGCAGCAGCGCAGAGGAAGCAGCAGCAGGAAGUAAACAUGGCCCAGGAGAGCAGCAUGGCGGUCCCGGCGUUCCUCAGUAAAGCAGAGUUAUUAAAACAAGGAGCAGAAGCUCGCGUCUACCGGGCGGAGUUUCUUGGAAAGCCGACCAUUGUGAAAGAAAGGUUCCCGAAACGCUACAGACACCCAGUGCUGGACGAAAAACUGACGCACCGCAGGACGGUACAGGAGGUUCGCUCCAUACUGCGCUGCCGGAGAGCAGGCAUAUCUGCCCCAGUAGUGUAUUUUGUGGACUACAGCUCUCACUGUAUUUUCUUGGAGGAGAUCGUGGGUUCCUCGACUGUGCGUGACCACAUCGCAUCCACUCAGCAGUCUGCUUCCCGUAUGGAGCCAGAGCUGGAAGGGCUGGCUGAGAAGGUGGGCCAGAUCCUGGCCAAAAUGCACGAUGAGGACGUCAUCCAUGGAGACCUGACCACCUCCAACAUGCUGCUGAGAUGCGGCCUGGAGAACGGGGAGUCUGACCUGGUCCUCAUCGACUUUGGCCUGAGUUACAUCUCUGCUCUGCCCGAAGAUAAAGGGGUGGACUUAUAUGUGCUGGAGAAGGCCUUCCUCAGUACCCACCCCAACACAGAGGCGUUGUUUGAGAAGCUGCUGAAGAGCUACACAGUGUCGUCCAAGAAAUCGUCAGCAGUCAUUAAAAAGCUUGACGAAGUUCGAUUGAGAGGGAGGAAGAGGUCGAUGGUGGGAUGAGGAUCCUAGCUCUCUGGAAAAACAAAUUAUAAAUGCAAAGCUGUUAUUGUGCAAAAAAAGACUUGUUGUGUGAGAAGUAAAACAUCCACAAAUAAAAAAAGUUUUGUAAUAAAAUUGGA